AUGAACGCAGAAAGCCUUCUCGCGUCGGCGGCCAUCAACAUUGGCUUAUCACUGUUCAUACUCUCUCUUUUCUCUAUCUUGAAGAAAAAACCUUCGAAUGCCCCAAUUUACUAUCCCCGCCGUCUCUCUCUUAACCUUGACAUUCCCAUCCACCGGUUGCUUCCGUCGGUCGAUUGGAUUAGGCGCGCUGUUUGGGUUUCCGAGGAAGAAAUUCUUGAGAACUGUGGCCUCGAUGUUCUUGUCUUCAUCAGACUCUUCAAAUUCGGGAUCAAUUUCUUUGUGGUUUGCUCUCUAGUUGGAUUAUUAGUUCUUCUCCCACUAAAUUAUACUGGCAAUGAAGACCCUAGUUCCAUGGACUCAUUUACAAUAUCCAAUAUUACUAACGGCUCUAACAG